AUGCCCAUGACGCCAGAAAAUCUAGUUCAAACACUUCACAAACUCAAGUUCAAAAACACCACAAACUCAAGUUCAACCAACACCCAAGUCACAAGUUUAACAAUUGCCACAAACUUCAGUUCAAAAAACACAAAAGCUCAAGAUCAAAAACACCACAAACUCAUGACAAAAAACAUGACACAAACUCAGGUUCAACAAACACACAAACUCAAGUUUAACCAAUACCCAAUUCUCACGUUUAACAAUUUCCACAACCUCAAGUUCAAAUACAACACAAACUCAAGUUCAAACACGACACAAACUCAAGUUCAAACACGACACAUACUCAAGUGCAAAAACACCACAAACUCAAGUUCAACAAUUGCCACCAACUACAGUUCAGAGAAAAAUACAGACUCAAUUUCAAAAAUUGCCACAAACUCAAGUUCAACAAACACACAAACUCAAGUUUAA